AUGUGGUUAUUGGAUGCCGCCUAUAUGAAAGCCCAGGCAAAUUGGGCUAACCCAGCCGUGCAUUAUAUUUCUUUUGAAAUGCUCACUGGCUCUGGCCCCUUUUCAGAUGUUCGAGAGCAGUUGGUCAACACUCCACCUGCAGCCACAGCGCAGGUAUCUGAAAUCGCCCUCACAGCCUGGGAAAAGCUAACCCCUUCAGGGGAAGUGAGGCAAAGUUAUAUAAAAAUUAUGCAAGGCCCUACAGAAGCAUAUACUGAUUUUAUUUCUUGGCUUGAAAUGGCUAUUGACCGCCAAGUCGAUAGUAAACCUGCCAAAGAGCACUUGCUAAGACAGCUUGCUUUUGAAAAUGCUAAUGAGGACUGCCAAGCGGCCAUCCGGCCACAUAGAGAAAUAGGAGGGGCCAUUGAGGAAAAGAGGCCUGCCCCUAUUAAAAUAACAUGGAAAACUUCUUCCCCGGUUUGGACUCCUCAAUGGCCCCUUCCAAUAGAAAAAUUGCAGGCCUUAGAACAAAUUAUUCAAAAGCAAUUGCAGGCAGGACAUAUAGAGCCUUCGCAAUCUCCUUGGAACUCUCCCGUUUUUUGUUAUCAGAAAAAAUCAGGUAAGUGGUGUCUCUUAAUAGACCUUCGGAAUGUUAAUGCCGAUGAGCCUCUGGGUGCCUUGCAGCCUGGGUUUCCUACUCCUACAGCCAUUCCCAAACAAUGGCCAUUGAUAAUAAUAGAUCUUAAGGAUUAUUUCUAUACCAUAGCCGUUCACCCUGAGGAUAAGGAGAAAUUUGCCUUUUCUGUUCCAAGCACUAACAACAAGGAAACGACGAAACGAUAUCACUGGACAGUUUUGCCACAGGGUAUGACUAAUUCUACCAUGUGUCAGUAUUAUGUUGGCCAGGUCCUCCGACCUGUUAGAAAGCAUUAUUCUCAGUCCUACAUUAUUCAUUAUAUGGAUGAUAUUUUGCUGGCGUCACAAACUGAAACCAAAUUACAAGAUGUAUAUCAGGCCACUUCUUAACAUUUGACUUCCGCCAGUCUCUUAAUAGCCCCAGAGAAAAUCCACACAACUCCUCCGGCUUCUUAUCUAGGCACUGUGGUAGAUAGAACCACAGUGAAACCUCAAACAAUGCAAAUUCGUACGGAUACCCUCCUUACACUUAACGAUUUCCAAAAACUCCUAGGAGACAUUAACUGGAUUCGCCCUCUCCUGGGGAUUCCAACUUAUAAAUUACAAAAUUUAUUUAACACUUUACAAGAUGAUUCUGCUUUAGAUAGUCCUCGCGCUUUAUCCUCAGAGGCAGAGGCUGAACUGCAGUUUGUUGAGGAGUGAUUAAAAACUGCCUUUGCUUACAGGUAUGAUGAUUCUCUCCCCUUGCUUCUUCUUAUUUUCCCUACUCAUUCUCUGACUGGUGUCAUAGCACAAGAGGACAAACCUCUCAAAUGGGUGACUUUACAUACAAAAACUUCUCAAACUGUUACUCCACAUCUAUCUCUUUUUGCUUCACUCAUUCUCCAAGGACGAAAGCGUUCUAUUCAAAUUCUUGGUUUUGACCCAGCGCUCAUUGUUUGA